AUGAGUAAUAAUAAUUAUAAUUAUAACAAUAAUAAUAAUAAUAAUAAUAAUGGAUAUGGGGUACCACCAAUAUUGAAUCAAUAUCAACCUCAAUCAUUGUAUACACCACCUCCGUUACAACAACAAACCCCACCAAAUAUGCAAUCUCCUUUUUCAACAACACCUGGUAUGGGUAUCAAUUCAAUGUUGGGUAGUGGUUUUGGAAAUAGUAAUAGUAAUAAUAAUAAUAAUAAUAAUAAUAAUAAUAAUAAUAUAAAUAAUAAUAAUAAUAAUAAUAAUAUGGUAAAUACAAUUACAUCUCCACUUUUCAACCCAUUACCACCAACACAAUCAAAUUCAAUGUUUUCUCAACCAACACUUCAACCAUUACAAUCUUUUCAACCAUUACAAACAUUACAAACAUUGCAACCAUUACAGCAGCAAUUACAUCAAACCACUCAAAUUCCAAAUAACAAUAUAAAUAAUUUUAACAACAAUAAUAGUAAUAUUAAUUAUAAUAACAAUAGCAAUAGUGGUAAUAAUAAUAAUAAUAAUAAUAAUAAUAAUAAUAUUUUUAAUCAAACAAUACCCAAUAAUAAUAGUAAUAAUAAUAAUAAUAAUAAUAAUAUUAAUAAUAAUAAUAAUGGUUUAAAAAAAGAUAUUUCAAAUUUUAAAGGGAAUGAAUCAUCAUCAUCAGAAUCAUCAUCAGAAUCAUCAAGUUCAGAAGAAGAAUCAGAGAGUCAAGAAGAUACACCUAAUAAACAAAGAAACAAAGUUUUAACACAACAAUUAGCAUCUGAAUCAGAGGAAGAACUUCAACCAGUUAAUAAAAAGAAAUCUACAAUGGUUAAAAAAGUGGAUUCAGAUUUUGAAAGUGAAGAGGAUGUCGAGGAGGAACAAAGUGGUAAAGAUAAUGAUUCAGAUUACGAACCAAGUGAAUCAGAGGAACAAUCAGAGGAAGAUUAUGAAUCAGACACCGACGAUGACGAUGUAUAUACAAAGAAAAAGAGAGGAGGAGGAGGAAGAAAACAAACUGCUUCAACUACAACAACAACAACAAGAUCUGGUAGACAGGCAAAGAGAAUAACAUAUUCAGAAUCAGAUUCAGAAGAAUCAGAAUCAGAUUCAGAUUAUGAACCAAAUAAAAAGAAAAAAAAACAAACAAAUGGUAGGAAAAGAAAAGGAAAUAAUUUCCAAAAAGAGAAUUGGACUAUACCAGCAACAAGAGCACGUAGAGGUAAAGCAGCGAUAGAUUCAGAAGAAGAAAGUAAUGGUAGUGAUGGUGAUCAAUUUGUAAAUAAUGUUUUCUCUUCAUCAAGUUCAAGUGAUGAAGAUUAUUCUGAUAAUGAUAAAAAAAAUAAGAAAUCAAAAAGAACAAAGAGAAAAAAUAAAACAGAAUCAGAUGAAGAAAGUACAAUAACUCAUUUAAAUUUAAGAACGCGUGGUAGUGGUAAUAUAGAUUUUUCAAUAUUUAAUAGUGAUGAUGAAGAAGGUGAAGAUGGUAGUGGUGGAGGUGGUGGUAGUGGUAGUGGUUUAUCAACAAGUGAAACUACAAAUAGUAGUACAGCAGCAGCAACAGCAUCAUCAAAACCAUUAAUAUAUGAACCAGCGGAUGAAGAUGUAAUUGAAAAGAUUUUAGAUCAUAGAUUGAAAAAAGAUUGUAGUGAGAAUGAACCAGAGAUAUUUAAUGUUGAAGAUUAUGAAUUUUUAGUAAAAUGGAAAGGUUGGGCAUAUAUUCAUAAUACAUGGGAUGCUUAUGAGAGUUUAAAUAAUUUCAAAGGUAAUAAAAAACUUCAAAACUAUGUCAAAGGUAUAUUGGAUAACAUUCAAUGGAGACAAGAAGCCUCUAAGGAGGAUAUAGAACAAGCUGAUAUAACCAAAGAGUUGAUGAAACAAGAGAUUCAAGAUUAUACAAUCGUUGAGAGAGUCAUUGCACAAAGAGAGGUUGCACAAUCAAGAGAUCAAAUUGUAAAUUCAACAACAGCAAUCGAUCCAUCCACUGGUGAAUCAACGACUACAACAACCACGACAACAGCAUCCAGUUCGGAAUAUAAAUCGAAUAUACAAUAUUUAGUGAAAUGGAAGGUGUUGGCUUAUUCAGAGGUAACAUGGGAGUAUCCAGAAGAUAUUGCAGAAUUUCAAACAGAGAUUGAUACAUUUUUAAUUCGCCAACAAAACAAUCAAAAUGCACCAAUGAAAGCCAAUACCAUUAGUGCCAAAAAGAGAUUGGAUCAAGGUUUCACAAAGUUAGAUACUCAACCAUCUUGGAUUUCAGCAGGUACAUUACGUGAUUAUCAAAUGGAGGGUUUAAAUUGGUUGGUGCAUAGUUGGAUGAAUAAUACCAACGUUAUUCUAGCGGAUGAAAUGGGGUUAGGUAAAACCAUUCAAACUAUAUCGUUCCUUUCUUAUCUUUUCAAUGAACAAGACAUUAAAGGUCCAUUUUUAGUGGUGGUUCCAUUGUCAACAAUUGAAAAUUGGCAAAGAGAAUUCGCAAAAUGGGCACCAGCAAUGAAUGUCAUUGUUUACACUGGCACCGGUCAAAGUAGAGAUAUCAUUAGACUCUAUGAAUUUUAUACCACCAAUAGAUUAGGUAAAAAGAAAUUGAAUUUCAAUGUACUCUUAACAACAUACGAUUUCAUUCUCAAGGAUAAGAAUACAUUGGGUACGAUAAAGUGGGAAUUUUUAGCAGUUGAUGAAGCUCAUCGUUUAAAGAAUAGUGAAUCAGUACUUCAUGAAGUAUUGAAAUUAUACAAUACCACCAAUAGAUUAUUAGUAACAGGUACACCAUUACAAAACUCUUUGAAAGAACUUUGGAAUCUUUUGAACUUCUUAAUGCCAAAUAAAUUCACAUCACUAAAAGAUUUUCAAGACCAAUAUUCCGAUUUAAAAGAGAAUGAUCAAAUUGCACAACUUCAUUCAGUUUUAAAACCUCAUUUACUUCGUAGAAUUAAAAAGGAUGUAGAGAAAUCAUUACCGCCAAAAACUGAACGUAUUCUUCGUGUUGAUCUUUCAAAUGUUCAAAAGAAAUAUUAUAAAUGGAUUUUAACAAAGAAUUUCCAAGAAUUGAAUAAAGGUAAAGGUGAGAAAACUACUCUUUUGAAUAUUAUGACCGAACUAAAAAAGACUUGUAAUCAUCCAUACCUUUAUCAAAAUGCAAGAGAUGAGUGCGAAUUGGGUGCCAAGGAUCUGUUGGAUUCAAUGAUUAGGGCAAGUGGUAAAUUGGUACUUUUGGAUAAGUUACUGAUUCGUUUAAAGGAAACUGGUCAUAGGGUUUUAAUAUUUUCACAAAUGGUUAGAAUGUUGGAUAUUUUAGCAGACUAUUUGAAAGGUCGUUCAUUCCAAUUCCAAAGAUUAGAUGGCUCUAUGAGUCGUGAAAAGAGAAGUCAAGCUAUGGAUCGUUUCAAUGCCGUGGAUUCGCCAGAUUUUUGUUUUUUACUUUCCACUAAAGCCGGUGGUUUAGGUAUUAAUUUAUCAACAGCCGAUACAGUUAUCAUUUUCGAUUCAGAUUGGAAUCCACAAAAUGAUUUACAAGCAGAGGCUAGAGCUCAUCGUAUUGGUCAAAAAAAUCAUGUAAAUAUUUAUCGUUUAGUUUCAAAAAGUUCGGUCGAGGAGGAUAUCUUGGAGAGAGCAAAACAAAAGAUGGUACUCGAUCAUUUGGUCAUUCAAACCAUGGAGAAAUCACAAACUGCAAAAUCAAAUACUCCAAAUAAUUCAAAUGUAUUCAAUAAGGAGGAGUUGGAAGCAAUCUUAAAAUUUGGUGCCGAGGAGUUAUUCAAAGAGACUGGUGAAGAAGCAAAUCCAAUCGAAGAGAUGGAUAUCGAUGAAAUUCUAUCAAGAGCUGAAACUCGUGAGGCAUCGGAUUCAACUACAGCUGGUGAAGAACUUUUAAAUUCAUUUAGAGUUGCAAACUUUUCCACCACUUCAAAGGAGGAACAACAAAAUGCAACUUGGGAGGAUAUCAUACCCGAUGCUGAUCGUCAAAAAGCCGUUCAAGAGGAGAAGGAUCAAUUAUUACUUUUGGGACCAAGAAGAAGAACUGAAACCUCUUCAUCCACAGCUCCUACAAGAAAUAUAUCGGAUCCUGUGGUUAUUACUGCUAGAUUAAAGAAAGAUAUCAAUCAAAUCUACAAUAAAAAGGAGAUAAAGAUUUUAAUUCGUUCAUUGAAAAAGUUUGGAACUCAUAAACGUUGUAGAGAGAUUUUAGCUGAUGCCGAUUUCCAAAAUAAACCACUUAGACCUACCGAAGAAAUUUGUAAAGAGAUUAUUGAUGCUGCAGAAAAAGCAGUUAGAGAUAAUCAAGAUUCCGAUAAGAUUCACCUUGUUUACAAUGGUACCGAUAUAAAUGCAACCGAAUUUGUUCAACGUAUUCAAGAUAUGGAGGUGUUGGCUGAACUUUGUCAACCUUGGAUAAAGGAUUAUCAACAAUUUAGAGUCACUUUUCCAAUUAGACCAGUCAGUUGGACAAUUAAAUGGGGUCCAAAAGAAGAUGCAAUGCUCUUAAUGGGUAUCUAUAAACAUGGUGUUAGUAAUUGGGAAUCAAUUCAAAAGGAUACUUCAUUAGGAUUUGGUGAUAUCAUUGAAAUCGAUAACACUGCACCAUUACUCGAUGCCAAUGGUGUUCCAAUACCUUCAAAUAAAUUAAAAGGUGCUGCAUUACAAAGAAGAGUUGAUAGUUUAUUAAAAUCUGCAAAAGAUAUUUCAAAAACUACUAAUAAAAAAUCAUCAAAACAAACUAAAGAAAAAGAAGAAGGUGAAUUUAAAAUACCAAAGAAAAGAGGUAGAAAAUCAAAAGAAAUUAAAGAAGUUAGUAAUAAUAAUCAUAAUAAUAAAGAAACUAAAGAAAAUAAUAAUGGUGAUAAUAAUAAUAAUAAUAAUAAUAACAAUAGUAGUAAUAAUAGAAAGAGGACAACAAAUAAUAAAUACUCUGACGAUGAUGAUGAUGAUGACAAUGACAAAGACAAUGACAAUGAUGAGGAUUAUAUGGAAGAAGAGGAGAAAAAAGAAAAAACCAAAAAUACUAGAACCAAAAAGAGAAUAAAGAGUGAAGAGCUACAAAAGGAAAUUCUUUCACCUAAAAAGACUAGUUUUGGUAGAUUAUCAGUUCCACCAAAUAAAAUGGGUGAAAGAUCACCAUCAAAAUCAACUACAACAACAACUACAACUACAACCUCAUCUUCAAAAUCAUCAAGAAAUAGUAAACACCAUUCAGAUGAUGAUGACGAUGAUUAUAGAGAUAAAGAUUCCAAUAGUGGUAGAGGAAGAGGUAGAGGUAGAUCAUCAAAUAGUUCAUCAUCAUCAUCAUCAUCAUCACGUAAUAAAAAUCAUGAAAGUGAUGAAGAGGAUGAUAAAUAUUAUGAUAAAAAUUUAUUAAGAAAAUGUCAACAAUAUUUAUCACCAAUUAAAGAAUUAUUGGAGAAUUUCAGAUCACUUUCAGAUUCAAAAGUUCAAAUAUCAAGAGAGGAAAAAGUUUCAAAAACAAAGAAAUAUCUUUUAUCACUUGGUAAAGAGAUUAGCAUAAUUUUAGAUGAAAAGAAAUCGGCAAAUAUUAAAGAUUUAGAUUCACAUUUAUGGUAUUCAGCUUCAAAAUAUACAGCAAGUGGUGGUAAAGAAUUAAAAUCAUUGUAUGAUAAAAUGAAAAAAAGUUCAAGUAGUAAUAAUGAUAGUAGUAGUAGUAGUAGUUCAAGAUCUUCCAAUUCAUCUUCAUCUAAUAAUAGUAACUCCUCAUCAUCCUCAAAACCAGCAUUAAAACUAAUUAUAAAUAAAAGUAAAAAAUAA